CGUACCGAACUCUCCGCAGCUCCACGGAUUUUCAGUCGUGAACAUGAAAGAGCAACCGCUUGGAUUUAUACGUUUUCCUGGAACCGGUGCGAUAUAGGAGAUGGAGCGGAUCUCCCAAUGGGAAUACGUUGUAUGAUAACUAGUUUUGCAACUUCAGUGAACUUUUUCUUCAUUACAUUUCUUUCUGUCGGACUCCUCGUAUAAGGGGAAAAAUGCCGGAGCGUAUCAGCAUUUCAGAGUUUGUCACGCUAACGAAUGAGGACUUGGCUUCGCCGUUAACCUCUAGCUUUCAAUCGAAAAUGAGUGACUGUCGGAACACGGUCAUCGCGCUGGAGGAGUCUCUGGAGUUGGAUCAGAGCAGUCUACAGAGGAUGAAAAAGAUGGUAAAAGCCAUUCACAACUCCGGAAUCACCCACGUGGAGAACAAGGAGCAGUACAUCGAGAUCCUGGAGAACCUGGGAAACAGCCACCUGUCCCAGGACAACCACGAGGUGUCCACUGGUUUCCUCAACCUGGCAGUGUUCACCCGGGAGGUGGCCGCACUCUUCAAAAACCUGGUCCAGAACCUCCACAGCAUCAUCUCCUUCCCCCUAGAGAGUGUCCUGAAGCCAGAGCUGAGGGAUGGGAGACUGGAGCUGAAGAAACAGAUGGAGAAGAGCUGGAAGGAAUAUGACAUCAAAGUAGGGAAGUUGGAGAAGGAGCGUAGGGAGAAGAGUAAGCAGCUGGGGGUGAUCGUGACCGACGUGACGGAGGACAUGGAGAGAGAGAGGAGGACAUUCCAGCUGCAGAUGUGUGAGUAUUUACUCAAGACCCAGGAUCUAAAGACGCGACAGGGCCCAGACCUUCUACAAAGCCUCAUUAAGUACUUCCAGGCUCAGCUCAAUUUUUUCCAGGAUGGGCUGAAAGCUGCAGAGCACUUGAGUCCCUUCGUGGAGAAGCUGGCUGCUUCAGUGCACACAGUGCGCCAGGACCAGGAAGAGGAGGUACGUCAGCUCUCUCAGCUGCGUGACUCCCUCAGGACACUGUUACAGGUGGAGAGCAAGGAGGAGCACUUGAACAGGAAGAACUCUGGCAACGGCUACAGCAUUCACCAGCCACAGGGAAACAAGAAGUAUGGGACGGAGAAGUCUGGCUUCCUGCUGAAGAAGAGCGACGGGAUCAGGAAGGUGUGGCAGAAGAGGAAGUGCGGGGUGAAGUACGGCUGCCUGACCAUCUCUCACAGCACGAUUAACAGGCCCCCAGCGAAACUCAACCUGCUGACCUGUCAAGUCCGACCAAACCCGGAGGAGAAGAGGACCUUUGACCUUGUGACUCACAAUCGGACCUACCACUUCCAGGCAGAGGACGAGCAGGAAUGCAUGAUCUGGGUGUCCGUGCUGCAGAACAGCAAGGAGGAGGCCCUGAACGCGGCCCUGGGAGGGGAUCAGACGCAGUUCCAGGACAGCAGCCUGCAGGAGCUGGCACGUGGCAUCAUCGCAGAGCUGCGCAACAUGCCAGGCAACGACGUCUGCUGCGACUGCGGGGCCCCAGAUCCCUCCUGGCUUUCCACUAACCUGGGGAUCCUCACGUGUAUAGAAUGUUCUGGAAUCCAUCGAGAGCUGGGGGUCCACUACUCCCGCAUUCAGUCUCUUACUCUAGAUAUGCUCAGCACUUCUGAACUCCUGCUGGCUGUCAGUAUUGGCAACACCAGGUUCAAUGACAUCAUGGAGGCUGGACUCCCUAAUGACUCUGUCAAGCCCCUCCCACAAAGCGACAUGAACGCCAGGAAGGAGUACAUCGUGGCCAAGUAUGUGGAGCGGCGGUACGUCCUGCGAAAGGACGACGGCGACCCCCACCGCGUGUACGACGCGGUGAAGACGCGCGACCUGACCUCUCUGCUGCAGCUCUACGCGGAAGGGGAGGACCUGGCCAAGCCCAUGGCCAUGCCGGAGGGACUGGAUCUGCGUGAGACAGCUCUCCACAUGGCGGUGCGACAGACGGAGAGGAACUCCCUGGCUCUGGUGGACUUUCUCACGCAGAACAGCGGGUGUCUAGAGAAGAAGACGUCAGAGGGGAACACCGCUCUGCACUACAGCUCCUUACACAACAAAACCGAGUGCCUCAAACUGCUGCUGAAGGGGAAGGCCACCCUCCACACAGUGAACUCUGCUGGAGAAACUGCGCUGGACAUUGCCAGGAGAUUCCACCACACACAGUGUGUAGAGCUGCUGGAGCUGGCCCAGAGCGGGAAGUUCAACUCUCAGAUCCAUGUUGAGUACACCUGGGAGAUGCCUCAGGAGUUCUUGUACGACAGCGAGGAUGACCUGGACGAGAGGGUGAGCCCCUUGCCCAGGGGUUUGCGCUCCCCACUGCCCCCUAGUGUCAGUGGCACUUCUCCUUCACGUUGGAGUUUCACCAACACCAGUGUCUCCAACAAGACGUAUGAGAACGUGGAUUUCCUGUACCGCAACCCGCCUGCCAACAGCGCCCCCUCUGGUGCCACCCCGCCGCCUCUUCCUGCCAAAGCUAUUCAGAGAGGGCGCUCGGACCCCCAGAUCUCAGUCUCCACUCAGGAGAGCAACACCCCCGUGCGGCGCUCCUCGAACCCCGCCUCCCGCCGCCACAGCCCCCCCUCCGUCCCGCAUGAUGGCCAGGGGUUCCGGCCUCCGAGGUCCCCUCACGGGGGCGUGGUGCGGGGCCAGAGGCAGGCGGUGUCCUGGGAAGGACAGCCACAGAUGGGCCACGGGUCUGGAGGAACUGAGGGCAAAGCCACUGCGACUUCACCUCAGAGCCACCUGGGACCCGUCAGCUCGGAGAAGACCACCUCAUACCGGCGGAGCAGUGGGGGACAGGGCAAGUGUGCAGUAACAUCACCCGCAUGCGCAGUGACCUCAUCAAUCUGCUCAGUGGCGUCACCGACCUGCACAGUGAUAUCGUCUCCCUGCGCAGACAGUCAGGAGGAUCUCUACAGCAGCCUCAUGGGAAACGCCAUGCCCACGUCCUCACCGAUCGUCGUCCCCAUGACGCGCCCGCGCAAGAACGCCAUGGUGAAGCCACGACAGAAGAGAGUCCAAGCGCUGGUGGACUGCAGGGCUGUUAACUCUGACCAUCUGGCAUUCUUCAAGGAUGAGGUCAUUGUGGUGACAGGUGUUGAGGACCCUCAUUGGUGGGUGGGUCACAUUGAAGGGGAUACAUCCAGGAGUGGGUCAUUCCCAGUCAACUAUGUGCAGAAGCUGGCAGACUGAAGGCCCGACCCGAACCGACCCAGCAGAACUGCUUUUUGACCCAGACUGCUCCACUAGCCUGUGCUGGACUGUAGAACCGCAGGCCCAGCUUUAAAACAAAGGGUGGAAAUAAGGAUGUUUCUCAAAAGCUACUUUUUCAAGGACAGAAGAAAGACAUUGUACAGUCUUAUGUGGCUAUGGAACCACCCAUCAUGUUUUGUUCUUGUAUUUAGGCCCCUGAACAUCAGUGUCUUCUGGUGUGCGAGCAGGAUAGGGACACUGGCAUCAAGCUAGCCAGGUGACCUUUGGGAAAGAACUCGCAGGACAGGUCUAAUCUGUCGUACCAGUGACAGUGAUAAUAGCAACAACACUGCCAUUAUUAUUAUUAUUAUUAUUAUUAAUAUUAUUAUUAAUAAACUUCAUCAGUAGAAUUUGGCAGUAUGAAAAGAAAGAGGUGUGUUUUUGAAAGGGGCAGUGACUGAAGGGAGCUUCACAAUUGUGCCCUGCAUCUUCCUUACUCCGUUCAGCUGCAUUGCAUUCUGGGAUAUGCUGCAGGCUUUGCAAACAAUGACUGCUGGAUAAGGAACAAACUCAGCACUCCCUCUCCUAUGGCCAUCUCUCCCUGCCCCCUACUGGCUGAUGAGAUGGUACUGAUCGGAACUGUUUGCAUUCAUGGAGGAACCGGUGACCCCUGACCCCAAGGGAGUGGCUGGCUGUGGAGGAACCUGCCCUCAUGUGGCCUCACACCGUCCUGCAGCCUCAUGGACAAAGACAGUUAUGGUGUUUUAUUAGCCAGCUUCAGGAGAACUUGAUCUCUCAUCAUUUUAAUGUUGCCGGGUGGAACCCUGAAAGAAAUGAGAGUGUAAGUAAAGCAGCUGUAAGCAGGAUCUGCACAGUGGACUGGGUCCACCCCUGGGGCUGCUGGCAGUGUAACUGCUCUUACCCGCACACCAAAAGCAGAGCGAAACUCUAACAUUUAGAAGAAAACAAAGCAGUUUCACCACGUUGUUAAGUGUGCAUGAACACAUGGUGCAUAUCAGAGGUGAACUCUCCUGCCCAAAACUUGUGUGUCACCUCACUGACAGAGCAUGUGUAUAUGCACACAAACACACACACACACACACACACACACACACACACACACACA